AUGAGAAAGAACAAGUUCCUUAAUCCAGACCCUUACCUAGCUGAGGCAUGCGCGACUCUCCAUGCAAUAUUGCUGGGAUCUAACAUUGGCUUGCGAAAUAUUAUCCUUGAGGGGGAUGCUCUAAACGUGGUUAAUGCCAUCAACGGAGUAGGAGAACACUGGGGACAAGCCGGUAUAGUAAUUGCUGAUAUACAGGAAAUUCUCAACUGUUUUAAUGCCUGGUCUGUGGCUUUCUCUCACAGAUCGACGAAUCAGGUGGCACAUGUUUUAGCAAGAAAUGCCCUCAACAUUGAGGGGGAACUUAUUGAACUAGAAGAAAUUCCGAGUUGUAUUAUUUCAGUGUUGCAAAAUCCUUUUUGA